AUGGACAAAUCUGUGGUCAUAAAUAUACCCGAUAUACCCAACUCUAAAUAUAUAGAAGAUAUAGAUCAUAAAUACGAAAACCAAACGGCACUCAACUAUUUAGCCAGCCAUUUAACUUUAGAAAAUGCUAGUGAAAUUCGUGAGUGCAUGGAACUCUUGCUUAGAAAUGGCGCAGAAGUGAAUGCAAUGGAUGAUUCCGGGGAAGUACCGUUGAGCUACGUGAUGAAGAACACUGAGUUGAGUCCAAAUGAUAAAUACGAGCUAGUCUACAUGCUACUUCAGCGAUAUACAACAGAGGAUUCAAUUGCCAAAGAGGCGUGGAACUAUUUGGAAACUUAUCAUAUGAAAAAGCAUUCAGAACUUAAAAGAGACAAUCUUGAAGAUAUGAUAUCUAAGCGAAAGAAUCUUGAAGAUAUGAUAUCUACAAAUCAACAAAUAGGUAAAGGUCUCUAUUUGAAACGACGACUAUCGGAUGUUUAUAGUAGAAGCAAUUCACUGCAAGGUAACUAUAUAAAAAAUAUAUUGGAAAGAUACGCCAAUCGAGGCGACGUAAAUGCCAUGAAGAUGCUGCAUCAAAUAUUGGGUACAUUCUCAAAAAAAGACAUUGAUAUUGAUUUCCCUCUUAUGUGUAAGUCUUAUGGCAAAGAAGUCUUUCAAGAGUUGCUAAAUACACCCAAUCUGCAAAUCGAUUAUGUGGAACUCGCUAAGGACUUUAUUGAAACGAUGCCUUCAGAAUUCGACAAAAAAGAGGAACACAUAAAACAUGUAGAACUAUUGCAAAUACUGCUAAAGAGAAGAGAUGGCCUCGCUAGUGCUGCGGAUGAAGAGGGACUUCCUCUAUUAAGUUAUGCAGCUUUGAAGCGCAACGAAGUGGCGGUCAGAGAGCUCCUACGUCAUGGAGCAUACAUGGGCAUGAGGAACGACUACAAAGUGCUGCCGAUCAAGAACAUCCGACCUGAGGUCAUUGAAGAGCAUUUGGACUACUGCAUUCAAAUGGAUGCUGUCAAAUCGAAUGAUAGCAAUAUAACCAUGGACUUCACAAAUAUUUGCCAUCCACCAAACGGACCCAAUACAAAUCCCAACCUACGUUACAAUGAUAUGUCGACCAUCGCUUAUAUCAAGAAAUCGAGAAAUCUACACCAUUUACUUAAUCAUCCAAUAGUGUCGACUAUUCUGGUACACAAAUGGCAAAAGUAUUCCAAAUUCUUUUACACUCAUUUCGCCAUAUACUUAAUUUUUAUAAUACUUCUAACCACACUUAUUGUAUCGGAUUAUCGUUCACUCUCAUACGUCUGUUUGCCCUUCAUCUUUUACCUCGCUAUUCAUGAGGUGGUCCAGUAUAAUAUUUCACCUGUGCACUAUUUCCGCGAAUUUUUCGUCAAUGGCCUGGAUAUCUUAGUUAUCAUCCUUUCAAUAAUUGUAUGCUGUCCAUGGUGGACAUCUCGAAAUAUUGAGACAUUCGCAGUGCUAGCUUCAUGUUUCAGGCUAUUUUCUCACAUGAGUUUGAUACCCAUCGCGUGGAUAUCGAAACCUUUUCGUAUGCUAUUCAUGGUUAUCAACACUGUAUUCAAAUUGGGGAUACUUAUAUUGGUGGUCUUUCUAUUCGGAUUAUGCUUCUACAUUCAAAACGGAAAUGGAACGCAAGUUAAGUCAGCUAAUGAAACGGACUCUAUAAGCUUCGAUUUUGACACCUUCGCUUCGGCACUGAUGAAGUCAACGAUAAUGGCAACUGGAGAGUACGACGCUGGUAAUAUUAAUAUUAUAAGUCUAUGGCAAUAUCUUCUAUUAUUUGUGUUUGUCAUCAUCGUGGGAAUUUCGUUAUUUAAUCUGCUCGUGGCGAAAGCAUUGAACGACAUUCAGUUAAUUCAGAAUCAAGCGGAGAUUUUUAGCGCCAUAAAUCGCAUCAAUGUUCUAAACACCUGUGAAGUCUUACUUUACGUGAAUAAUGAGACUGGAAAAGCUGCCAUAAACUAUGCUGCCGAAUCUUUGUAUUUCAGUAAUUUAUAUCUGUUAAUUAAUUUUGAGCAAGAAAAACACGAAGAAGUCAGUUCCAAGACUAAUAAGAAAAUGAAAAAUGAGAAGAAAUCCACCGAAACAAUCAAAGAGACGUUUAAUAAGAAAGAGGAGACGGGAACUUCUAACCACAACUCUGUGACAAUAAAUGUGGAAAAUAGUAAUGUCGAUCGCUCCUCAGCUAAUGAAGUUGAGGAAUCCAUUGAAUUAUUGCCGCAGAAAAAUGUAUUCGAAACAUCCAAGCGAAAAGCUGUUAUAAAAGAUAUAGAUCAUAAAUACCAAAACCAAACGGCACUCAACUAUUUAGCCAGCCAUUUAACAUUAGAAAAUUCUGGUGAAAUUCGUGAGUGCAUGGAACUCUUGCUUAGAAAUGGCGCAAAAGUAAAUGCAAUGGAUGAUUCCGGGGAAGUACCGUUGAGUUACGUGAUGAAGAACACAGAGUUGAGACCAAAUGAUAAAUACGAGCUAAUCUACAGACUGCUUCAGCGAUAUACAACAGCGGAUUUAAUUGCCAAAGAGGCGUGGAACUAUUUGGAAACUAAUCAUAUGAAAAAGCAUUCAGAACUUAAAAGAGACAAUCUUGAAGAGAUGAUAUCUAAGCGAAUAGAUUCCCAUUUCGAUAUUGACUAUAUGGGUAAUAUAUUGGAGAGCUACGAGACGGGCGAUAAAAAUGCAUUAAAUGUGCUACGGCAAAUAUUUAGUUUACAAUCAAAGGACUUUAAUUAUGAAUUUCUUAAAAAGUCAAUGUCUAUUGAAAAGGAAUAUGUCUUAGAAGAGUUGCUGAAAAAUCCAAAACUACAAGUGGAUUAUGUAAAGUUUGCUAAGUGGGUUAUCGAGAUGAAAGAUAUAGAGCUAUUAAAAGUGCUGCUAAAGAGCAAAGACGGUCUCGCUAGUGCUGCGGAUGAAGAGGGAAUACCUCUAUUACGGUUUGCAACUUUGAAGUACAGCGAUGAGGCAGUCAGAAUUCUGCUAUCUAAUGGAGCAUACAUGGGCAUGAGGAGCGAUUACAAAACGCUGCCUAUUAAGAACAUCAAAACCGAAAUCUUAGAAGAGCAUUUGGACAAUUGUAUUCAAAUGGAUGAUGAAAACGUUAUCAUGGACUUCUCAAAUAUUUCCCAGCCACCAAAUGAAACGAACUUAAAUUUUCAAAAGUCUUAUACGGACAUGAGUACCAUCUCUUAUAUUAGGAAAUCUAAAAAUCUGAGGCAUUUACUUAGCCAUCCAAUGGUUUCGACCUUUCUGACUCACAGUUGA